CAUUAAAUUUACCCCUAUUCUUUCACCAUCUCUUCCUCUCUUCUUUUCCUUUCUCAAAACAUAAUAACGAGAGGAAACACAAGCAGAAGAAGGGAUCUAUUUUAAUGUUCUUUUUUUCACUGAUCAAUCUAUAUAAAUAAAGAUGCUGAGGUUUCUAAUUCUUUUCUCCCUUUUCAUACACUCUUGUGUUGCGGCUCCCAAGGCUCCUGCUGCUGCCGCCGCUCUUCCUACCAAAAAAUGGCUCACCCUUAACGGUCAAGAACCUGGGGUUGUGGCCAGAGGCGGCAUCUCGGGUCUUUUCCCGGAGUCAUGCGCCCUUGCAAAUGACUUGGCUAUUAGCAGCAGCUCGCCUGGCCUCACAAUCUUGUGCAACCUUCAGAUGACAAACGACGGUGCUGGCAUUUGCUUGCCUGAUAUCAGGCUUGACAAUGCAACCACCAUCUCCACCCUCUUCCCCAAAGGCCAGAAGACCUACAAGGUCAAUGGUCAGGACCUUAAAGGCUGGUUUGCCCUUGACUACUCUGCUGACACCAUCUUCUCCAAUGUCUCUUUGGUCCAGAACAUCUACUCUCGGCCCAGCAUUUUCGACGGCGAGUUGCCUAUUUCCGCCGUGGAAGACGUCCUAGGAAUCAAGCCUCCCAAGUUCUGGUUGAGCGUUCAGAACGAUGCAUUCUACAUGGAACACAAGCUGAGCCCAGCCGAGUACCUGAGAAGCCUAGGAUUCCGUGGCAUUACUUUCAUCUCAUCUCCGGAGAUCGGUUUCUUGAAGAGCAUCGGGAGAGAUGCAGUCAUGUCCAAGACAAAACUCAUAUUCGAGUUCAAAGACCCUGAAGCAAUGGAACCCACCACCAACAAAAAGUACAGCGAGAUUCUGCAGAACCUUGCAGCCAUCAAGGCAUUUGCUUCAGGCGUUCUUGUCCCCAAAGGCUACAUUUGGCCCAUUGACACCGCUAAGUACCUUAAGCCGGCCACCACCCUUGUGGCUGAUGCCCACAAGGCCGGUUUAGAGGUCUAUGCCUCUGGUUUUGCUAAUGAUAUGCCCGCCAGCUUUAACUACAGCUAUGAUCCCUCUGCUGAGUAUCUCCAGUUUGUGGACAAUGGCCAGUUCUCUGUUGAUGGCGUCGUCACCGAUUUCCCGCCAACAGCAUCACAAGCCAUCUCUUGCUUUUCACACCAAAAGGGAAAUCUCCCCAAAGCAGGACACGCGUUGGUCAUAACUCACAAUGGAGCAAGUGGAGACUAUCCAGGCUGCACUGACCUGGCUUAUCAAAAAGCGGUGGAAGAUGGAGCAGAUGUGAUCGACUGUUCUGUUCAGAUGUCCAAAGAUGGAAUAGCUUUCUGCCAUGAUUCUGCAGACCUCACGGUAAGCUCCACCGCCAUGGCCACGUUCAUGUCCCGAGCCACCAGCGUUCCUGAAAUCCAGCCUACCAACGGCGUUUUCUCUUUUGAUCUCACUUGGGCUGAGAUCCAGUCUCUGAAGCCUCAAAUCCAGAGCCCUUUCAUAGCUAAGGUGGGAAUCUCGAGAAACCCAGCAAACAAGAAUGCCGGGAAGUUCGUAACUCUUGAUGACUUCCUUAAGUUCAGCAAAGAAAAGGCAGUCACUGGAGUUCUUGUCAACAUCCAGAAUGCUGCUUAUUUAGCCUCAAAGAAAGGCUUAGGAAUCGUAGACGCAGUCAAGUCCGCUCUGACCAAAUCCACACUCGACAAGCAAACAACCCAAAGGGUAUUGAUUCAGUCAGAUGACAGUUCAGUUCUGGCCGGUUUUGAGGCUGUCCCUCCCUACACUAGAGUCUUGAGCAUCGACAAGGAAAUAGGAGAUGCUCCCAAGGCAUCCGUUGACGAAAUCAAGAAGCAUGCAGAUGCUGUCAAUAUCUUGAGAAGUUCUCUCGUCAGCAUCUCCGGAAGCUUUGCCGCAGGGAAGACCAACGUAGUGGAGGAAAUGCACAAGGGGAAUAUCUCUGUUUAUGUCUCGGUGCUAAGGAACGAGUAUAUCUCCAUAGCGUUUGACUACUUCUCUGAUCCUACGGUAGAGUUUGCCACAUUCAUUGCAGGGAAUGGCGUUGAUGGAGUCAUCACAGAGUUCCCUGCCACCGCCAGCAGAUACUUAAGGAGUCCAUGCUCAGAUUUAAACAAAGAGCAGCCCUAUGCCAUCUUACCUGCAGAGGCUGGCGCUCUAAUCUCCGUGGCAAACAAGGAAGCACAGCCACCAGCUAGUGCCCCAAACCCACCUCUUGACGCCAAAGACGUGAUUGAUCCUCCUCUGCCUCCUGUUGCAAACAUGGCCGCCAACAAUGCAACUGGAGCUACGCCAAAUGCCCCUGGUCAUUCUGGCUCUAUUGCCACCACUGCUAAUCUGUGCCUUUCCUUGCUGGCAAUACUGGCUAUGGGACUCCUCUUUGCCACUGAUUAAAAAAUUAAUCACACCACAUACGUUGUAACAUGCCCGCCCUCAGCAUUUUCCAAACUUGAGCUAUUUACGUUUUAUUCAUUUUAAACAAUAUAUGCCGCAAAACAGUGAUUUAUUACUAUAGAUCAAAGCUCUAAAGAAACUUUGUUUGUUUGUCAUAGGAAAGUUUUGAUUUCGGUAGAGAUUUUGAAACGUGAUAAUAAGCUCGUAUUCUAUUUA